AAAUUCUCACGCUCGAAACUCCAACGCGAACCACGACCAACGCCGACGAGCCAAGACCAUCGCUGACGAGACACGACCCACGCCGACGAAGCACGAACGAACCAGGAACGACUCCAACGACGGCUGUUGACCAGUCAGCAUGGCAGGUUGGGUUAGGUUGAGCACAAUAACUUUUGCAGAAAUAAAUAGUUGAAAGUGCUUUCGAGUAUUAUAGAAACACGUUUUUGGGAAGCCUUCCAAGUAUACUGAGUGCUACAGCACCUCAGCCUUAGGUUUGAGAUCUUGAGGCCGAUAUAGAACAAUGGGAAGCGAAGAGGACCCGGUGAAGAAGACUCAGGUGGUGAAUGCCCGGGCUCGAAACAUUAGUCACAAUGUUCGGUGCACUGAGUGUGGAAGCCAGUCCAUUGAAGAUUCACAAGCAGAUAUUGCCAUCUUGCUUAGAAAGUUAAUUCGUGAUGAGAUUCAUGCUGGGAAGAGUGACAAAGAGAUUUAUAAGAAGCUUGAAGAGGAUUUUGGGGAGACCGUACUUUAUGCCCCAAAGUUUGAUAUGCAGACUGCAGCCUUGUGGCUAUCACCGCUUCUGGUUGCUGGUGCUGCUGCAGGAAUUUGGGCUUAUAAAAAGCACAGGCAAAAGACUAAUGUCCACAUCAUGGCGCUGAACCUUGUUAGAGGUGUUCCAUUAACCCCAAAUGAGAAGCAAACCAUGUUAGACCUCCUCACACCGCCGCCUUCACGAGGAAAUAUUCCUUCCUCGUGGUGGAGGAGGUGGAGAGAACAAUGAUGUGCCUUCAGGCCUUCUUUUCAAUCUUAUGCUUUGAACUAUAGGGUUGAAACUAUGGAACUAUGGCUGAAUAGCAGUCUACGGAGAUGUAAAUAAACUUGUUAAUUGGUCUAUUUUUUAAGUAAACUCAUUCAUGAUAAAGAAUUCAGAUUUUUAUACAAUUUCGUACUGUAGCCA